GUUCCAGUUUGAUAAGAAAAGCCUUCCUGCAGUGGAGACCGAAAGGAAGAGGAAGGAGCUAGUCCAUUCCUGCCGAGGAGGUUGUGGGAGAAGGAAGAUGGCCAGAGCUGUGUAUCCACUUCAUGGCCUCUGGCUUCUGGAGUGGGUGCAGCUGCUCUUGGGACCUGGGGCCAUCCCUCCGGCCUGGGCCUUGAACCUGGACCCAAGGCAACUCACCUUGUACACGGGCCCCAAUGGCAGCCACUUUGGGUUUUCACUGGACUUCUACAAGGACAACCAUGGGAGAGUGGCCAUCGUGGUGGGCGCCCCACGGACCCUAGGCCCCAGCCAGGAGGAGACAGGCGGCGUGUUCCUCUGCCCCUGGAAGGCCGAGGGCAGCCAGUGCACCUUGCUGCCCUUCGACCUCAAUGAUGAGACCCGACACGUAGGCUCCUACACCUUCCAAACCUUCAAGUCCCGGCAAGGACUGGGGGCGUCGGUGGUCAGCUGGAAAGACAACAUUGUGGCCUGCGCCCCCUGGCAGCACUGGAACGCCCUAGAAAAGACCGAAGAGGCUGAGAAGACGCCCGUAGGUGGCUGCUUCCUGGCUCAGCUCCAGAAUGGCGCCCGCGCGGAGUACUCGCCCUGUCGGGCUAACACCAUGAGCCAGGUUUACCAGAAAAACGGCUUUAACGACCGGCGCUGCUGCGAAGCGGGCUUCAGCUCGGUGGUUACUCAGGCUGGAGAGCUGGUGCUUGGGGCCCCUGGCGGCUAUUUUUUCUUAGGUCUGCUGGCGCGGGCUCCCAUUGCCACUAUCGUCUCGAGUUACCGCCCAGGCACCCUCUUGUGGCACGUGGCCUCUCAGAGCUUCACCUUGGACUCCUACGAGCCGGAGUACGAGGACGGCUACCGGGGGUACUCGGUGGCGGUGGGAGAGUUCGACGGGGAUCUCAACACUACAGAGUAUGUCCUCGGUGCCCCCACCUGGAGCUGGACCCUGGGAGCGGUGGAAAUUUUGAAUUCGUACCACCAGACGCUGCACAAGCUGCAUGGAGAGCAGAUGGCUUCGUAUUUUGGACACUCGGUGACCGUCACUGAUGUAAACGGAGACGGGAGGCACGACCUGCUGGUGGGCGCGCCACUGUACAUGGAGAGCCGCGCUGACCACAAACUGGCCGAGGUGGGGCGCGUGUACUUGUUCCUGCAGCCUCGAGGUCACCACGUGCUGGGCACCCCCAGCCUCCUGCUGACCGGCACUCAGCUCUACGGGCGAUUUGGCUCAGCCAUCGCACCCCUGGGCGACCUCGACCGGGAUGGCUACAAUGAUGUUGCAGUGGCCGCCCCCUAUGGAGGUCCCAGUGGUCGGGGCCAAGUGCUGGUGUUCCUGGGUGGGAGUGAGGGGCUGAGCUCACGCCCCUCCCAGAUCCUGGACAGCCCCUUCCCAGCAGGCUCUGGCUUUGGCUUCUCACUGCGAGGUGCCACAGACAUCGAUGACAAUGGAUACCCAGACCUACUGGUGGGAGCUUAUGGGGCCAACAAGGUGGCUGUGUACAGAGCUCAGCCAGUGGUGAUGGCCAGUGUCCGGCUGUUGGUACAAGAUUCACUGAAUCCUGCUGUGAAAAAUUGUGUCCUGCCCCAGACCCAGAAGCGUGUUACCUGCUUUAACAUACAGAUGUGUGUAGGAGCCACUGGGCACAACAUUCCUCAGCAGCUGCCCAUAAACGCUGAGCUGCAGCUGGACCGGCAGAAGCCCCGCCAGGGCCGACGGACGCUCCUGCUGAAUUCUCUACUGGUGGACACCACGCUGCGUCUGGACCUGGGCGGGAGAGAGAGCCCCAUCUGUCACACCACCAUGGCUUUCCUCCGAGAUGAGGCCGACUUCCGGGACAAGCUGAGUCCCAUCGUGCUCAGCCUCAACGUGUCCUUGCAGCCCAGGAAGGAUGGAGUAGCCCCUGCUGUCGUGCUUCAUGGAGACACCCAUGUCCAGGAGCAGACCCGCAUCAUCCUGGACUGUGGGGAAGAUGACGUGUGUGUGCCCCAGCUCCAGCUCUCCGCCAGCAUGAUGGGGUCCCCACUCCUCAUCGGAGCCAAUAACGUGCUGGAGCUGCGGAUGGUUGCAGCCAAUGAGGGCGAGGGGGCCUACGAAGCCCAGCUGGCCGUGCAUCUGCCCGCAGGUGCCCACUACAUGCGGGCCAUCAGCGACGUCAAGGGCUUUGAGAGACUCAUCUGUAACCAGAAGAAGGAGAAUGAGACCAAGAUGGUGUUGUGUGAGCUGGGCAACCCCAUGAAGAGGAAUGCCCGGAUAGGAAUCACAAUGUUGGUGAGUGUGGAGAACCUGGAAGAGGCCGGCGAUCAUGUGUCAUUCUGGCUGCAGAUCAGAAGCAAGAACAGCCAGAAUCCAAAUAGCGAGGCUGUGCUGCUGGAUGUCCCGGUCCGGGCAGAGGCCCAUGUGGAGCUUCGAGGGAACUCCUUUCCAGCCUCCCUGGUGGUAAUAGCCGAAGAAGACAACAGGGAGAACAGCUCCAACAUCUGGGGCCCCAAAGUGGAGCACACCUACGAGCUCCACAACAACGGCCCUAGCACUGCGAGUGGCCUCCGGCUCAGCCUCUGCCUCCCUGGCCAGUCCCAGCCUUCUGACCUGCUCUACAUCGUGGACAUACAGCCCCAGGGGGGGCUUCAGUGCUCCCCCCAGCCCACUCCUAACCCCUACAAGCUGAACUGGAGGCUGCCUACCCCCAGCCCUUCCCCUACCUCCCCUGGGCGUCACAAGCGGGAGCGAAGACAGGCGUCCCUGCCAGGGUCCGACCAGCCCGCCAGGCCUCAGGAUCCAAUUCUCCUGAGCUGCGACUGGGGGCCGCAUACGGUGGUGCAGUGUGAGCUUCGGGAGAUGGCACGAGGCCAGCGGGCCAUGGUCAGGGUGCUGGCCUUCCUGCAGCUGUCCAGCCUCCAGCAGAGGCCCCUGGAUCAGUUCGUGCUGCAGUCGCAAGCUUGGUUCAAUGUCUCCUCCCUUCCCUACGCUGUGCCCGCCCUCAGCCUGCCCAGUGGGGAAGCUCUGGUGCAGACGCAGCUGCUUCGCGCCUUGGAGAGGGACAUCCCCAUCUGGUGGGUGCUGGUAGGGGUGCUCGGCGGCCUGGUGUUGCUCACGCUCCUGGUCCUGGCCAUGUGGAAGGUUGGCUUCUUCAAGCGCAACCGGCCACCACUAGAAGAAGAUGAGGAGGACGAGUGAGGGGCUGGCCCAUGCCCUGUCCUCUGAGGAAGGCUGGGAGCUGUGUCUGCUCUGCCCCUCCUUCAAGGUGCUCCCCCCAGCUCUGCUCACCCGUGGCUGGGAGCUGUCCCAUGGAGGCCUCCUGGUAUUCUCCCCCUCUGGUGAGAGCUGGCCACUCCUUUCCCUGCUGCCAAAUAAAGAGCUCCAAUCCCCAGCA